CUCGGCAUAUCUGAAUACUACGCACUUCCGAAAGGCAGUCACUUCAACUUCUUGGUUUUUUUGGCGGAAGGAAGCAAAGGAGCACGUCGGGGCGCCGGCCAUGACGACGGCCGCAUUCACCUUCGCCGUGCGCCGGCGGGAGCCCGUGCUCGUCGGCCCUGCCGCGCCGACGCCGCGCGAGACGAAGCGCCUGUCCGACCUCGACGACCAUGAGACGCUGCGCGGGCAAGCGCCGUUCCUCUUCUUCUACCGCGGCGGGGCGCACGCGCAUGACCGCGACCCGGCGGGCGUGAUCCGCCGCGCGCUCGGCGAGGCGCUCGUGCCGUACUACCCGCUCGCCGGGCGGCUGCGGGAGGUGGAGGCGCGGAAGCUGGUCGUCGACUGCACCGGCGAGGGGGUGAUGUUCGUGGAGGCCGACGCCGACGUGCGGCUGGCGGACCUCGAGGCGGCGGCCACGGGGCUGACGCCGCCGUUCCCGUGCAUGGACCAGCUGCUGUUCGACGUGGACGGCUCCAGUGGAGUGCUCGGCUGCCCCUUGCUGCUCAUCCAGGUGACCCGGCUGCUCUGCGGCGGCUUCGUCUUCGCGAUCCGGCUCAACCACACCAUCUGCGACGCCAUCGGCCUCGCCCAGUUCGUGUCCGCCGUCGCGGAGCUCGGCCGCGGCCUCCCCGCACCAACCGUUGCGCCGCCAUGGUCCCGCGAGCUCCUAGAGGCACGCAACCCGCCAAGGCCGACGUUCCCUCACCGCGAAUUCGACGCCGUGCCGCCGCCGCCGCCUCCGCCGCCGGGUGAUAUGGUCAUGCGGACGUUCACCUUUGGCCCGUCCGAUAUCAGCGCCAUCAGGAAGGACCUCCCACCGAACCUCCGGGACACGGUCACGACUUUCGAGGUGCUCACGGCGGCGCUCUGGCGCGCCCGCACGGCCGCGCUGGAGCUCUCGCCGGACGAGGACGUGCGCCUGGUGUUCAUCUCCAACAUCAGGGGCUUGCCGGAGCUGGGGCUUCCCGCCGGCUAUUACGGGAACGCGUGCGUGCCCAUGGCGGUGCUGGUCACCGUGGAGGCCCUGCUCGGCGGCUCGCUGGGCGACGCGGUGGAGCUGGUGCGUGAGGCGAAGGCGACAGUGACCGCCGAGUACGCGCGGUCCACGGCCGACCUGCUGGUGCUGCGCGGGCGGCCGUAUGUGGCCAUGUCGAACCUGUUCCUCGUGUCCGACAACCGGCACGCUGGGUUCCAACGCGUCGACUUCGGGUGGGGCGAGCCGGUGUACGCCGGCCCGGCGGCGACGGUGUUCGGGUUGAGCUUAUUCGUCCACGUCGGGAACGGCGGCGGGGUGGGCGCAGUUGCCGCGAUGAUCACGCUGCCGCUCCCGGCCAUGGACAGGUUCGCGUCGGAGGUGAAGACGUUGAUGAAGGGUUAGUGACGCGUUCUGGGAAGGCCGGCCGGUAGCCAAGGCAGGGCCGCGCCGCCGCGCGAGACCAGCAAGCCCCUGCCCGGAAUUAUCAUGUGCACCGAUCAAACAGUAAUAGAGAAAUUCAUCGCCUAGCGCGCUCCUUUUGAUUUCGUUUCCUCCUUGCUCCUUAGUUUGUAUGAUCAAUAAUGUAAGGAAAACUCUAACUUUGAAUCGAUGAGAUCAGUCUUCUCUACGGUCCAA